AUGCCGGCCUAUCACUCUACUUUUGCAGCUGAUUCUCUGAACGACCGAAUGGUGGGCAACGUCGUCUUGCUGCCCCUAAAGACCAAUUUUAGAGGCCCUGCGUAUCAAGCUAAUUCAGACUACGAUAUCAUUGACGAAUGCCUGGAUCUGUUUCGUGCCAACUCAUUUUUUAAGAAUUUCGAGAUUCGGUCACCAGCGGACCGUGUUUUGAUCUACGGUAUCCUGUUUGUUAAUGAAUGUUUAUCUCAGCUCAAAUCCUCUACCUCUUAUAACGAAGCUCUCAAAAUACUCACAAAUGUUGCAUUGGGUGAUUUCGCUGUUCCAGGGACCCCCCGAUUUCCGUUAAAUAACGUCUACUCUGUCCCCGUGCAAAGCCACGCUGAAAUGGAUCUACUUAAAUCCUACAUUCAACAAUUUCGCCAGGAACUGGCUACCCGACUUCUAGAGAGGCUCUAUGCUGACUCCAAAGAAGGGCCUUCAAAGUUUUGGCUGGGUUUUACCAGAAGAAGAUUCAUGAACAAGUCGUUAUAA